UCUAAACGGGUCAAGUGAAGUCAAGACAAAAUAAUAAAAAAAAAUAUAUUGUAAAAAUCAUGUUAAGAAAAAUAGUUUAUUUCGAAUUAUUUUAUGGUCUACAUUUAAUAGGAAUAAUUUUACUUUAUCCCAUUUUAAUUUUAAUAGUUAUUGUUAAAAAAAUCAAACAAAUUCUAAGAAAUGUUUUCGCUCCCAAAUAUAUCUGCGGACAAGUAGCAGUGAUCACUGGCGCUGGCCGAGGUCUUGGCCGUGAUAUUGCCAAAGAAUUGGCCUCUAGAGGCUGUCACAUUGCAGUUGUGGAUAUACAAGAGCAAUUGGCUUUGGAAACUGCAAAGUUUUUAACAGAAACCUAUGAUGUUAAAACUAAAGCUUAUAAGAUUGACAUCCGGGACUUUGAACAACUGCAGAAGCUAAGAGUUGAUGUUACCGCAGAUCUGGGUGUGCCAACUAUUCUGAUUAAUAAUGCUGGCUUUAUGUUAGGUUCAGCCCUUAAAAAUCCUCCACCCCAGGAGAUUAAACAGAUGAUUGAUGUUAAUUUUACUGCUUUGUGCUACACCCUACAAACUUUUCUACCCAAAAUGAAGCAAAUUAAUCAAGGUUACAUUGUUAAUAUCUGCUCUUUGGCGGCCCUCUUUACUUUUCCAAUUUUGGAUAUUUAUGGUGCCACCAAAGCGGCCGUACGUUCUCUUACAUCAUCUUUGCGUAUCGAAUGUCUGUUGGAGGGUAAAAAUAUACAGGCCACCACAGUGAUGCCAACAUUUUUAACGACCAAUAAACGUGCAGAAGAAAUUACAAAUUUAGGCGGAGUACAACACAGUUUCCCAUUGAUGGAUGGUGAAGUUGUGGCAAAAUAUGUUAUCAAUGGAAUGCUGAGUGGUAGUCGAGAAAUAACAGUGCCCUCAAUAUAUCUAUAUGUGUAUCAAUUGUUGGAAAUAUUGCCAGUACAUAUCAAGGAACUGAUGGCAUCAAUGUCUUUUUCUUGGAACUACGACAGAAUACUGAAAUCAACCAACAUUGCGGAUAUAAUGAAGCAGAAGGAUUUAGUUGAUUAAUUGAAUGUACAUUCAUAUAUAAAAUAAAUACAAAAUAGGUUUACUGACAGUCAUCUGUGUUAAAAUUUCUCUUCAGGAUUUUAUUAAACAUAU